AUGGAGAAAAAGAUGGAAGAGUUGCUGGAAACAUCCAAUAGGUCCACAAGGAAGGCUACAGGUCUGAGAUAUGAUGACCUGUGCAUGCAUUCAGAUUUGGAUUUACCAAAAGGGUUCAAAAUCCCAAAAUUUGAAAUGUGUAAGGGGACAGGAAAUCCCAAGGCACACCUCUGGUCCUUCUGUUACCAACUAGUCGGAGUGAAGAAAAAUGAACCUUUAAUUAUGCGACUAUUCAGUCAUAGUUUGACCGGAGAAGCCGCUGAGUGGUUCGCAACUCAAGGUAUGCGCCAAUGGCACACUUGGGAGGACAUGGUAGAAUCCUUCAUGGAGAGAUUUCGCUUUAAUGUCGAAAGGGUACCCGACAGCUACUACCUUGAAAAAGUCAAGCAGAAAUCAACAGAAAAUUACAGGGAGUUUGCCAGCAGAAUGUUGUCCAUGGGUGGGAGACCAUUUGCUGAGUUGGUCAAAAUGGGAGAGGCCAUAGAAGAUGGUUUCAAAUUCGGGAAAAUAGCUAGUGUCUUUAAUAAGGCAUCUGGACAAGCUACUGCGGGAAUCUUCUAA